UCGCGAGAAGAGUCAGCAGGGAGGGAGCCAGGGAAGGUGGGGAACGAGAGCGGGUGCGCGGAGGGCAGGAGGGAAGCCGGGCCUCGUCUCCUCGUCUCCUCGUCGUCGUCGUCCCCCUCCUCGCCAUGGCCCAGGAGAAGCGGGCCACGGCGGCGCGGCUGAAGGCGGCCCUGAGCCUGGAGCAGGAGAGCGCGGCGGCGGAGCUGAGGGCGCUGCUGGAGCGGGUGCUGUCGCUGCGGGACGAGGCCUCCUCCUCCUCCUCCUCUUCGGCGUCGUCGUCGUCGUCCCCGGAGGCGGCGCUGUCGUGGUGCCGGUGCCUGCUGGCCGGCGGGGAGCCGUGGGAGGGCUUCGUGGCGGCGGUGCGGGCCUACGACCCGGCCACCCUCUGCGGCCUGGUCUGGACGGCCAACUUCGUGGCCUACCGCUGCCGGACCUGCGGCAUCUCGCCCUGCAUGAGCCUCUGCGCCGAGUGCUUCCACCAGGGAGAGCACGCCGGGCACGACUACAACAUGUUCCGCAGCCAGGCCGGCGGCGCCUGCGACUGCGGGGACGGGAACGUCAUGAGGGAGGCCGGAUUUUGCAAAAGGCACAGGAUAAAAUCAAGCUCAGAAGUUCCAUCUGUUCCAAAAGAUCUGCUGAUAAUGUCAGAACUAGUUCUUCCACAGUUCAUCUUCUAUCUUAUCCAGUACUUAAGGGAUGGUUACAAUGAACCAGUUCUUGAUCUGCCCUCUGAAAAAGACCUUCUCAAAGUUCUUCAGAUGUUGGAACCCCACAUCUCAUUUUUGGAAGAUCUGACAAAAAUGGGGGGAGCAAUGCGUUCAGUCCUUACUCAGGUUCUAACAAAUCAGCAGUUCUACAAAGACCUUAGUUCUGGUAGUGGCGAAAAUGCAUGUGCGAAAAAGAGCCAUGAAAAGUAUCUUGUAGCUCUGAAAGGUUCUGGACUGACAUUUCCUGAAGAUAAGCUUGGAAGUGGAGUGCAGGAACCAGGAGCUGCAGCUAGCUCUUCAGUAGUUCAAGGUGCUACACCUUCUUCAGGGCAAGGUGACUCUUCUGAUGAGGAGGAUCAGGAUGGUAGCCAAGGUGUAGGAAAGCGCAAGAGGGUAAAGCUAAGCAGCAGCACCAAAGAUCAGUCCAUCAUGGAUGUUUUGAAGCAUAAAUGUUUUCUAGAAGAAUUAUUAUUUUGGACAAUAAAAUAUGAAUUUCCACAGAAAAUGGUAACUUUCUUACUCAACAUGCUUCCAGAUCAAGAUUAUAAGAUUGCUUUCACUAAAACGUUUGUGCAGCAUUAUGCUUUUAUUAUGAAAACACUGAAGAAAAGCCAUGAAUCGGACACCAUGUCAAACAGAAUUGUACACAUUAGUGUCCAGCUGUUCAGCAAUGAGGAGCUAGCACGGCAAGUGACAGAAGAAUGCCAACUGCUUGAUAUUAUGGUUACAGUCUUGCUGUAUAUGAUGGAGAGUUGCCUUAUUAAAAGUGAACUCCAAGAUGAGGAAAACAGUUUACAUGUGGUAGUGAACUGUGGGGAAGCAUUACUGAAGAAUAAUACUUAUUGGCCUCUUGUAAGUGAUUUCAUCAAUAUCCUUUCACACCAGAGUGUGGCUAAGAAAUUCUUGGAGGAUCACAGGCUAUUAGUAACGUGGAUGAACUUUGUGUCAUUUUUUCAAGGGAUGAAUUUAAACAAGAGGGAACUUAAUGAGCAUGUUGAGUUUGAAUCCCAGACUUAUUAUGCUGCUUUUGCUGCUGAGCUUGAGGCCUGUGCCCAGCCGAUGUGGGGGCUACUGUCACAUUGCAAAAUCAGGGAGACACAAGAAUACACACGAAACGUUGUUAGAUACUGUCUGGAAGCACUUCAGGAUUGGUUUGAUGCAAUCAACUUUGUAGAUGAGCCUACACCUAAUCAAGUCACUUUCCAUUUGCCAUUGCAUCGUUACUAUGCAAUGUUUCUGAGUAAGGCUGUUAAAUGCCAAGAACUGGACCUGGAUUCUCUUCUUCCUGACCAAGAGAUGUUGAUGAAGCUAAUGGUUCAUCCACUCCAGAUUCAGGCAAGCCUUUCUGAAAUCCAUAGUAAUAUGUGGGUGAGGAAUGGUCUGCAGAUUAAAGGACAAGCCAUGACAUAUGUCCAGUCUCACUUCUGUAAUUCCAUGAUUGAUCCUGACAUUUAUCUGUUACAGAUCUGCGCAUCUAGACUUGACCCAGACUAUUUUAUUUCCUCAGUUUUUGAAAGGUUCAAAGUGGUUGACCUCUUAACAAUGGCUUCACAACAUCAGAAUACUGUCCUAGAUUCAGAACAUGAGAGGUCAAUGUUAGAAGGCGCUUUGACAUUUCUUGUCAUUCUUUUAAGUCUCCGAUUACACUUGGGAAUGACUGAUGAUGAGAUUCUGAGGGCAGAAAUGGUGGCUCAGCUCUGCAUGAAUGACAGGACUCACAGCUCAUUACUGGAUCUCAUUCCAGAAAACCCUAACCCCAAAAGUGGUAUUAUUCCUGGAAGCUUAAGUUUUGAGUCGAUGUUGUCAGCUGUGGCUGAUUUCAAAGCACCUGUGUUUGAACCAGGGGGCUCCAUGCAGCAAGGGAUGUAUACACCUAAAGCUGAAGUUUGGGAUCAGGAAUUUGACCCAGUUAUGGUAAUCCUUCGAACAGUUUAUCGCAGAGAUGUGCAAUCAGCAAUGGACAGAUACACAGCAUUUUUAAAGCAAAGUGGGAAAGUUCACGGAAAUCCUUGGCCUCCUUACAAGAAACGCACGGUUUUGCAUCCCAGCUAUAAAGGACUCAUGAGACUUUUGCACUGCAAAACUUUACACAUUGUAUUAUUCACUCUGCUCUACAAGAUACUAAUGGACCAUCAAAACCUGUCAGAACAUGUCCUUUGCAUGGUUUUAUAUCUGAUUGAACUUGGACUAGAGAACUCGUCAGACCUAGAAUCGGAUGAAGAAGAUGCUGGGGUAGGUCAGGAACGCUGCCAUGAUAGCUGGUUUCCAGGCAAUAACUUGGUGUCUAACAUGAGACACUUUAUUAACUAUGUGCGUGUAAGAGUGCCAGAGACCGCUCCAGAGGUGAAAAGAGAACCGCCUGCAAGUACAAGUUCUGAUGGCUCAGGAGCUUCUCAGAGUCCAAGGCACUCUAAAGGACUUCAGAGAGAGAAUUCAGGGACUGCACAAGUGUUCAGUUUGGUUGCCGAACGCAGGAAGAAAUUUCAGGAGAUCAUUAACCGGAAUACUACAGAAGCCAACCAGGCAGUUCGGCCCAAGACUUCAAUGAAAUGGUCUGCUCCAGGUGCAACACCCCAGCUGACAACAGCCAUUUUAGAAGUCAAGGAAAGCAUAUUGUCUUUGCUAAUCAAGCUUCACCAUAAACUGUCAGGAAAGCAAAACUCUUACUUUCCUCCCUGGCUGGAUGACAUGGAAACUUUAAUUCAACAUGAAAAUCCAAAAUAUUUACAUGGAGAUGGAAUGACUGCUGUAGAAAGGAUUUUGUUGAAAGCUGCACUUCAGAGCAGGUUAAACAAACAUAUCAUUGAGGACAUAUGUAGAAAAGUGACUCCACCUGUGCCACCUAAAAAGAUUAGUCCAGCAGAGAAGAAAACCUUGGACAAAGAAGAAAGGCGGCAGAAGGCCAGGGAAAGACAACAAAAAUUAUUGGCUGAAUUUGCAUCAAGACAGAAAAGCUUUAUGGAGACUGCCAUGGAUGUUGAGUCUCCAGAUGUCGAUAUUGCUAUGGAGAUAGCAACAGCAGAACAACAUGUUUCUGAAGCUGUGUAUGAUUGUGUUAUUUGUGGACAGAGUGGCCCUUCCACCGAAGAGCGGCCAGCAGGAUUAGUUGUGCUCCUACAGCCCUCUUCAGUUUUGGGGCAAUGUCGCAAUUCUACUGAGUCCAAGAAGUUGCCUACUUCUGAAAAGGAGCAGAUAUAUCCUGGGGAUACAUGUGCAGCGAUAUAUGAAGCACGGCUUGCAACUUUACAGCAGUACUUUAAAGAUAGUUCCUGUUUGCAGUCAGUGUCAAUUGGCUGGGAAGGAGGUGUGUAUGUACAAACCUGUGGGCAUACAUUGCACAUAGAUUGCCACAAAUCCUACAUGGAGUCACUGCGAAAUGACCAGGUUCUCCAGGGCUUUUCUGUAGACAAAGGAGAAUUUACUUGUCCUCUGUGUAGGCAGUUUGCCAACAGCGUCCUUCCAUGUUAUCCUGGCAACAACGUGGAGCGCACCCUGUGGCAGUGCCACAGUAACAAGAGUAUGCAAGAUCUCAUAAAAGAAGUAGAAGAGCUUCAAGAGCAGCUGGGAACUUUCCCAGUAAGCAUCAGUUCAGAAACCAAUUUAAGUAAAGAGAUGGAGUCUGUCAUGAAGGAUAUCAAAAGUACUACUCAGAAGAAGUACACCGACUACAGCAAAUUUCCUGGAUCACCAGACAAUGAUUUUCUUUUCAUGUAUUCUGUAGCCAGGACAAACUUGGAACUUGAACUGGUUCAUCGUGGAGGCAAUCUAUGUCUAGGAGGUGCAAGUACAGCUGGGAAGAGAUCAUGUUUGAAUCAGCUGUUCCAUGUAUUGGCAAUGCACAUGCGACUCUAUAGCAUUGAUUCUGCAUUCAACCCAUGGAAAAAACUUACACAAUUGGCCAUUGAUGAAAAUUUGCAGAUGAGUCAUGAAGAGCAGCCAGAGGUCCCAGUGCUUUAUCGAGAUGUCUCAUCCCUUCUGCUUAUCCAGAUUUUAACCAUGCCACAGCCAUUGCGCAAAGAACACUUUAUCUGUAUCACAAAGGUGCUGUUCACACUGUUGUAUAUACAAGCGCUCGUUGCACUUUCUGUUAAAUGCAGCUCUGAAGAGAGAAUAACUUGGAUGAACUCAGGAGCUUUGAAAAAGAGUCUAUCCAAUGCAAAAAAGACUUGGGAAGUGUUGUUUAGCCAUGUAAUCAGUGAACUCUCCAAAGGGAAGAUCUAUGAACAGGAGGAAACUGAAGAUCUAGCCAUGGACAGCACUAGUUCUUGGUGCCCACAUUCCAUAGAGAUUUACUUGCAGCAAUUCUGCCUGCCUUUUCUCAGGAUCACAAGCCUUCUUCAGCACCAUCUCUUUGGAGGGGAGCUCCCCAGCUGUCAGGAAGGCGAGGAGUUUACUGUUCUUGCCAGCUGCCUGGGUUUGUUAUCACCAUCUUUUCAAUCAUCGCAGUUCUCUAGUGCCUCUUGUCUUGAUUGGCCUGUACCAGCAUUUGACAUAAUAUCUCAAUGGUGCUCAGAAUUGGUUUCAUUCUCGAAUACGCAUCCAACACAAGUAAAGGUUUUACUUAUACAGGAGCCUAAAUGGGACUUACCACGCCUCCUACAAUUGCCUGAAAAUUACAAUACCAUUUUCCAAUACUAUCACAGAAAAAGUUGCUCAGUCUGUUCCAAGGUUCCUAAAGAUCCUGCCAUUUGUCUGGUUUGUGGCACUUUUGUGUGUUUGAAAGGACUUUGCUGCAAGCAACAAAGCUACUGUGAAUGUGUCUUGCAUUCACAAAAUUGUGGCGCUGGAACAGGCAUAUUCCUUCUGAUCAAUGCAUCUGUAAUCAUCAUCAUUCGUGGUCAUCGUUUUUGCCUUUGGGGUUCUGUGUACCUGGAUGCACACGGUGAAGAAGACAGAGAUCUCAGGCGUGGCAAACCUCUGUAUAUAUGUAAAGAAAGAUACAAUGUGCUUGAACAGCAGUGGGUGUCACACACCUUUGAUCACAUCAAUAAAAGAUGGGGGCCGCAUUAUAAUGGUUUGUAAAUCACCAACCAGCAUCUUGCCAUCACAUCGCCUUUGUUAUUAAUGCUUCCUGAUGGGCUUUGGCUACAAGUAAAUGGAAACUAAGUUUCCUCCCUGGGGAAAGCUUGAAGCCUGGCCAUUUUAUGAAGUCCUCCUUUAGGUGUUGGUAAUAAGAGGAUUCAUACGUAACAAUGCAAGGCAAUUUGUCCUCCUAAUUUGAGUGAAUUAUCCAAAUUUAUUUGAUCGCUGUUGCUUUCUAAUCCACUAAUAACAAGCACAAUUUGUACUUUAAAAAUGUUGCUAAAUGGAUAUUGAGUUUUAUUUUUCCAUGAUUGGGGUUGUUUAUGCUGAAGCACUGUAUAUGUGUAGUAGUACACUUGCUUAAUAUAUUGGGGGUUUUUUUCUUUGCCUUUCGUUGUAUUGCUUUAAGAUUUUGCUUGAUCUGUAUCUGUAAGUACAAAAGAGUUGUGACACUUUUGAUCUGUGAGAUUGUACAGAAAUGGUCUAAAGGGUUUUAGAGUGUAUUUCGCUCAUUGCCAGAGAGCUAUUGAAAUAGUUUCAGGCAUUGCUGAAAAACCUUAUUCAUUCUCAGGAAUUUCAUAGAUAUACUCCAGAGAUUCAUGAAAUAGCUGUAAAAUAGAUAGCUUGCUGCUCUUAAUGUAAUACAGUACAUAUACAGUAUUCUGAUAUUUCUGUUAACUUUAUUAUUUACUAGCAAACAAAUCAGUUUUACUGUUUGUGUACAUACAACAUUUGUAAAAUGCCCAAAAUGGUCAAUUGUAAACCAACCAAGCAUGUCAUGGCUCAUUUCCACCUAGCUGUAUGUUUCAGUGUGGUGGGUAGAGAGGACAAAAGACAUGCUUGAUACUUGCAAAUAAGACAUAUUUUCUGAGUUCAAGCAGGUUUUUUCUAUUGUAUUUAUUGAGUAAUCACUGCCCUUUCUGCUUGAAUUUCUUAAUAGGGGAAUAGGGAGAGUUACAUUUUAAGGUGCCAGAAGACAAAUGACCCUCUUCCCCCAUUUCAACCUUACGUAAACAUGUACUUUACCAACUUUCCUCCAAUCUUCAUGCAGCAGCCCAAGAGUUUGUUGUUAACAGCAAAAAUUCUUCUUUUUUGACAGAAAUUAGGGUGUAGGGGACAGGAUGCGUCAAGCUCGCCACUCUCCUCCCCCAAAAAUGCUCUGUAUCUGGUUGUAUACAUUGGUUUUCCCCAAAUCUAGAAAUAUAUCUGCAGAAGCCAGCUUCCACUGUUGAGUACUAUAGGACGUUUGAGGCACUUGGGAUAAGAAAGCUUUGAAAUAGCACCACAGUGGGCACCUUUAUAGGAAAGCGCCAUGUAUAUAACCAGGCAGGGAGUGUUAUUUCUUAGUCCUAGCACAUUGCUGCCAAACUUUUUCCUUUUCCAUAGCAGACACAUGUUUACUGUUUAAAAGAGUACUUUCAGAUACUUCUGAUACUUACAUACUUGUAGUUUUUUCUGUAACGUUUUUAUCUCUGAACUAAUUUUAAAAGAGCCAUAGCCAUAAAAUAGAUUGAAAGUUGUUCUCUGCUCAAAGGUCUGAUAGGAAAUCAACUGUUGCAAACUGCAGAAGGGAUAAUAUUAAGAAUAUUGGACAGUUCAUGUAGAAAGCCUCUUUAGCCGACUAGGUUUUUACAAAAAUAUAACAUUUGGUAAUGAUUUGCUAUUUUGUAUAAUAUAGUGUGUGAUUACACACAUCAUACACACACAUUUGGAAUAGUCCUUGAAACCUACGUUUUCUUCAACUGAAAAUUUCUUCCGCUCUUCCAAAAAAACAACAACAUCGUUUUCUUUUAAUAUGUAUCAUAUAUGCAACAUUAGGAGUUUUGCAUCACCAAUUUCUGAAUAUCAGACCAUUUUAAGCACAGUGGACAAGCAGAAAUAUUCUUGGCCUGUCCUAGUAUAAUAAUACUAUCACAGGGUGCUUGCGUUUGAGUGCUCUGUGUAGUUGGAAGCUUCACAAGAGAUAAUGUCUCUACAAAUAGAAUCAAAUGCAUUAUUUAAAGUGGAUUUCUUAAAAAUUGUGUAUAUGGGUGUGGAGUAAAAUUAUUAGCCUUAACUUUCAAAUCUUUGUAUUACAUGGUGUUCAUUUUGAUACUGGUGAAUUAGUCACUGGUCAGUUUUUAAAAAAGAAAACGAAGGCACUAGUUUGGAAAUCCUACUUGAAAAGCACCUGCAUGCUGCUGGACUAGAAGUUUGGUUAACCCCGUACCUUUUUGCUUUACUAAGCUAACUUUGAGAAAUAACAGGUCCAAACUAGAACUGGGCGUGUGUGCGUGAGUGCUGCUCCUCCUGCUCCUGCUGCUGCUCCUCUUCCUCCAACAUACUGGUGUGGUUUCUUGUGUAAAUGAUCAUUUAAGUACAGUACAUUACUGUAGAAACAGAAUCCGUCUCUGACACAUCAAAGGCAAAACUAGAAAUACCAUAAUCAAUAUUGUAAAAUAUGUUAAUAAAAGUCUACUGCCGUUA